AUGGCUGGUGGUGCCCGUGUUCUCAGGCCUCCUGGUCCCUGUGAGCGCCCUCGUGGGGAUUUGACGGGAGCUUUGGGUCUUCUGAUUGGGGGACGUUGGAGUGUGAAACGGGAUUUGGUCUGGUACUGUAGUGAAGAAGAGGAGGUCACUGUUCGACCAUUUUUGAACGUGGGUGUGCGCAGUACAUAG